CCAAACCCUCGCAGCUGCAGCUGCAAGGAAUCCCGGCCAUGGCGACGCCGCCGCCGGCCGCCGCCGUGGCCCUCGCCGACCUCCUCGAGUCCGGCACCUUCGCGCCUCCCGUUCCACCGCCUCCGCCGCCCGCCCCCUCCACCAUCCUCUCCGCGUGGUCGCGCCUCCGCGACCCCUCCUCCUCCCCCGCCGCGGCCCUCGCCGCCCUGGAGACCCUCUACCUCCACCGCCGCUCGCUCCGCCUCUCCUCCGCCCACGUCUCGCUCCUCCUGCCGCUGCUCCCGCUCCACCCGCGCCUCGUCUCACCGCUGCUCGCCACGAGCCCGCACCUCCUUCCACCGGCGUCUCCUCUUCCCGCCUCUCUCCCGGUCUCCCCUCGCCUCCUCCUCCUCGGCGCGCUUGCCUCCGUUAGGAGCGCUACGAAUCUUUCCGGCCAUGCCAAUUCAGGGAGCAAAACGACGGCCAAUCUCGCCGGUGGUGAGUCCAGCGAUGGCUGUGAUGGCGAUCCUGUUGCGGCUGUAGGUCGAAUUCUCGAUGGCAUGGAGAAGGGGAGCGAGAGCUGCCAUGAUCUUGAUCACCUGGCACUUGCCGGUAUUGGUUGCGUGUUGGCAUCUUCUGAUGAGGCGCAGUUUAGAAGGAUUACUGGAUCCUUGCUUAAUAUUUGCGGGAGGAUUGGGAACCUGUCUGCUAGUGUUAGGGUGCUUAAGAUGGUAGAGUGGCUGUUGUUGGGAUUCAUCGAGUCGAGGAAGAUGCGGAAGGUUCAGGUUCUCUUCGAGAUAAUUUCACCGGAGACGUGCGAGAAUCAGGGCUAUGUUCUGUCUACAGUGGUGAUGGUAGCUUGUGGUGCACUGAGGGCAUUGAGGGUUGCUUCAGCAAGAUACCGGCUGGACUUUGAUCCACAGUUGAAGGAGGCGCCUGAGCGAACUAUCCGAUUUGCAGCUGACAAGGCAGUUUUAGAAGGGGAACAUGUUGAUGAUAGACGUAUCCUUCUUCAGUGUGUUGCAUUGGGCUUGACACAGUGUGGGCAGGUCACUUCUCAUGAGUCAGUGUUGCGUUGUGUCUGUAUGGCACUACUGGAGGAACUUCUUCCUCUGCCAGAUUUACUCAAGAUGUCUGUGCAAAGUCCAGAUGGGAAUUCAAUUGAAGUUGUCAAUAAUCGGGUCAAGCAACAUCUGGAUAGCCUCCUUUUCAAGGAGGCUGGACCUGUUACUGGGAUUCUCUGUAAUCAGUAUUCCUUUGCCAGGGAUAAGGCUAAAACUUCUGUUGAAACUUGUGUAUGGGAAUAUGCACAGGUGCUGUAUUCUCAUCUUCGUGCAGCAGUAAUUUUGCAUCAGGGGAAGCAUGAUGGUUUGCUUACGGAUAUUGGGAAGAUUGCUGAGGCUGCAUUCCUUAUGGUUGUAGUUUUUGCUGCUGAGGUCACUAAACACAGGUUGAUUGCUAAGUCCUCAGAGGGAUUUCAGCCAGAGGUUGCCGUUAGGAUCUUAGUGUCAUUCUCUUGUUUGGAGCAUCUAAGACACUUGCGCCUUCCUGAGUACACUGAGGCGGUCCGGCGUGCUGUGCUUGUCAACCAGGAGAAUGCGGCAGUUUCUGCUUUAUUCAUUGAGUCAAUUCCUUCUUAUGCCGAAUUGACAAGUAAACCAGAUUUAUUGACCUUGGAUGGAACAAGAUAUAUCUGGUAUAAAGAUAUGGUUCAGACAUCACGCAUAUUGUUUUACCUGCGUGUUAUACCUACUUGCAUUAGUCUCAUUCCAGCUCACAUGAUUCAGGAUAAGUUAGCUUCGAUCAUGUUCUUAUAUAUACAGCAUUCAAAUGAGAAAGUAACACGUGCCUCACACUCUGUGGUGGUAUCUUUCCUGUCAUCCGGCAAAGAUACUGAUCAGGAUGAUCGAAUGGCUUUGAAAGAGCAACUUGCCUUUUACUAUAUCAAGAGAACUUUGGAGGCAUAUCCUGGGGUUACUCCCUUUGAAGGAUUAGCAUCAGGAGUUGCAGCACUCACCCGACAUCUUCCUGCUGGAAGUCCAGCCAUUCUUUUCUGUAUCCAUAGCCUUAUUGUUAAGGCUAAAGAUCUUUGCGCCUCAAAGGUCCAGGACAAAUCCUUGUGGAGGUCAUGGGAAGGCAGCACAGAACCUUGUAAGAAAAUGUUAGACUUGUUGCUGCGACUCAUCUUCCUUGUGGAUAUUCAGUCAUUCCCUUAUCUGCUGAAGGAGCUGGCAGAAUUCGUCAGUCUGCUACCAAAGGAAGGCCAGGAUGUGCUCCUCGACGACAUGCAUGCUCAUGUUGCUGAAUCUGACGAUGUUACAAGGAAGCCAGUACUCGUGUCGUGGCUGCAGUCCCUCUCCUACAUAAGCUCACAAUCUACUCGUCGUAAAUCUCUCGAUAAGGAUGCUGAUAAGGAUGCCGAUGCUUGCUCUGUAGGAAGCGACCAACUAAGCCUGAGUAGAACCAUGGCAAGGUUGUGACAUGAGGUUGCUCGUGUGCCAUGCUCGUCUUUCUUUUUUUUUCUCCAUGUUUACCAGAUGUCAUACCUGUACAUUGCCAUUACAAUGGUGUAUAAUAGAAUGGAAAAAUUAGAGAUGCAAUCAUUCAUUCGCUAUCUGAUUUGACAGUAUGAGACAUACAUUUGACAUGCCAUAUACAUUCAU